CUGUCACUCAUCUGUCAUUUUAAAGUCUUAAAGUAUUUUGAUUUGUCAAUUGUCAUCAAAAAAUUCAUACCAGUUUACCAGAAAUUGAAAAUGGAAUUAAAAAGAAAAAGUACAGUACCUACCUACUUUCUUACUUCAAAAAGAAAUUAAAACCAACCAAUAACAAUGAGGAGACCUCUGUGAAUACCCAAAUUAAUAUUGAAAGUGUAUCAAUGAAUAUUACACUGCCACUGGGCAAUAUUACUGCAGAAAGUGAAACUGAAGCAACAGAAAAUGAAGUCUUUUUAAUAAAUACACAAUCGCCAGAUUGUUGGGACGAUAAACAAGUGAAGUAUUUUACAGAAGAAUACCCAUGGAUAUUUUUCAAUAAUAAAAAAAUUGGUUGCAAAAUAUGUUCUAAGGCCAAUUUUAAUUUAACAAAACACCAAGGCACUCAUGGUUCACGAGAAUGGAUGAAUGGAGAAAUAUGUCCAGUUGGAGAUGAUUUUAAGAAACAGCAAACAAAUUUAAGAAAAAAAAUUUCAAAACAUAAAUCUUCUCAAAGCCAUUUAUACACUGAACGUAUAAUUGAAAACAAAAGUUGGAAAUUAUGCCAACUCAAGUAUUAAAAACUUCAUAUAUUGACAUUGAUAAAACAAAAAU